AAUAUUUUCUCAAAUCUCAAAUUUCCAUCUUUAGUGAACGAAGAAAGAAAGAUCGAUCGAAAUGGGUGCUCUGAAUCAUAUCUCUGAAAUCUUUGAUUUCUCUCACAAGAGUAGUAAUAGCAAGAAGCUCAAGAAUAACAAGCAAUUGCAGACGGUGGAGAUAAAGGUGAGGAUAGACUGUGAAGGGUGUGAGAGGAGAGUGAAGAAAUCAGUGAAAAUGAUGAAAGGAGUGACGCAAGUGGAUGUGGAUCCCAAGAAGAACAAGCUGACGGUGAUUGGGUACGUGGAUCCAAAGAAGGUAUUGCAUCGGGUACAGCAUCAGACGGGAAAGAAGGUGGAGUUCUGGCCUUACGUUCCAUACGAAAUGGUAGCCCUAUCAGGGUCGGGGAAAAUACCUCCUAAGAAUGAGAUGCACAUCUUUUUCUUUUUUGAGAGGAUUUCCUUCAUUGUCAAUGUGGGAAGGAAUCUACUUGAAAAAAUAUCAUUCAUAUGGGGGCCAUUCAAAGUUGAAGAGAAAAAACUAUGUGAGAAGUAA